CUGUCUCCUCCGCUUUGCCGAGCCCUCCCUUCUUCCUCUCAGUUCCUAGAGUCCGACCGCCGCCGCCGCGGAGAGAGCGAGCGAGAGAGGAGAAGGAAGGAGGUCGGUGGCGUGCAAGGGUGGCGGGGGGCGUCGGAUCGGGGCUAAUAUUCCGCGGGGGACGCUUGGCCGGGGAAUCUCAGGGAACCCGGGUGGCGGCCUGAACCUCCCCGCGGAGCCGACCCGGGAACAGGGGCAGUGGCCACAGCAAGUCCUAUCAGGUGGUGAGUGGCUGUCAUGAUCUCUGCAGCACCGCUCUACAGCAGCGGCGUGCACAACUGGACCAGCUCUGACCGGAUUCGCAUGUGUGGCAUCAACGAGGAGAGAAGAGCACCUCUUUCUGAUGAGGAGUCCACGACAGGUGACUGCCAGCACUUUGCAUCUCAGGAGUAUUGUGUCAGCAACAGUUUUUCCAAGGUGGAGCUCACAGCAGUUGGGAGUGGCGGCAAUGCCCGUGGGGCAGACCCAGAUGGCAGUGCCACCGAAAAACUUGGGCAAAAGCCAGAAGACAAGCCUGCCGACCCCCAGCCUCAGAUGGACUAUGCUGGGAAUAUGGGGGAGGCUGAGGGCCUCUUGGUGCCACUGAGCAGUACAGGAGACGGGAUCCCACUUCCCACGCCCGACAGUGCUGAGACUGGCAACAGCAGGGCUGACGAGGCCUGGACUCCCCACAGCAGCCAGAUGAGCAAGCAGGUGGACCGCUCGGCAGCUGGUCUAAAGGCCUUGGACCCGAGGCACAGUGUGGGGGAGAAGAAUACUAUUAUUUUGGCAACUCUGGGGACUGGAGUGCCAGUGGAGGGCACCCUGCCUCUGGUUACCACUAACUUCAGCUCGCUGCCGCCUCCCAUCUGCCCUCCUGCUUCGGGAUCGACCUCUACUCCCCCAUCCGUUCCAGAAUCAUUCCAGGUCCCACUCUCUGGCCCCGCCCCGGUUCCCCAUUCUGGGCUCGUUCCUGUCCAGGUCCCUCCUGUCACCACUCCUUCCCCACCUUCAGCACCCAUGCCAGCCCUGGCUUCAGUGCCCUCCUCUGUGCCCACGCUCCUCUCUGAUUCGACGCCCAUCUCCGUGUCUGCCUCAGUCCUAGUGUCGGUGCCCACUUCAGCCUCACCCUCAGGCCCAGCCACCCUGUCGGCUCCGGUCCCGACACCCCUCUCAGUCCCUGUCUCAGCUCCACCCUUGGCUGUGAUCCAAGCUCCAGUGCCUCCUUCGGCCCCCACUCUGGUUCUUGCACCCGUCCCCACUCCAGUUCUGGCGCCCAUCCCUGCAUCCACACCUCCAGCCCCCACUCCAUCCACACCGAUGGCCACCCCAGCCCCAUCUGCUGGCUCGCCUUCUACCCCCACGAUCAUCCCAGCCUUUGCUCCCACUCCUGUGCCUGCCCCCACCCCAGCCCCGAUCUUCACGCCCGCACCUACGCCCAUGCCAGCUGCCACCCCAACAGCCAUUGCCACCUCUGCACCUAUCCCGGCCUCUUUUAGUUUGAGUCGAGUGUGUUUUCCUGCAGCCCAGACACCAGCUAUGCAAAAAGUCCCUCUGUCCUUUCAGCCCGGGACAGUCCUGACCUCAAGCCAGCCACUGGUCUAUAUCCCGCCUCCAAGCUGUGGACAGCCGCUGAGUGUAGCCACACUGCCAACCACCUUGGGGGUAUCAUCCACGCUUACACUCCCUGUCCUGCCACCCUACCUGCAGGACAGGUGUCUUCCUGGAGUGCUGGCUUCCCCAGAGCUACGGUCUUACCCAUAUGCAUUUUCUGUGGCCCGGCCGCUGGCUUCCGAUUCUAAGCUGGUCUCACUAGAGGUGAACAGGCUUCCCUGCGUGUCCCCAUCUGGCAGUACCAGCACCCAGCCUGCCCCCGAUGGGGUCCCCGGGCCUUUGGCAGACACAUCACUCACCACCGCAUCUGCCAAGGUGCUUUCAACACCACAGCCUUUGCUGCCCGCUCCCAGCGUGAGCACAGCCCCAUCACAUCCCACCAAGAUGCCCGGAGGUGCUGAGCAGCAGACAGAAGCGACCUCUGUCACCUUCUCGCCCCUCAAGUCUCCUCCACAGCUGGAGCGGGAGAUGGCCUCUCCCCCAGAGUGCAGCGAGCUGCCCCUCGACCUUUCCGCCAAGUCCAACAGGCAGAAGCUGCCACUACCCAACCAGCGUAAGACACCCCCCAUGCCCGUGUUGACUCCCGUGCACACCAGCAGCAAGGCCCUCCUCUCCACAGUCCUGUCCAGGUCACAGCGCACAGCCCAGGCCGCUGGCAGCAAUGUCACCUCUUGCCUGGGCCCCACCGCGUCGCCUUUUGUCAUCUUCCCCGAGAUUGUGAGGAAUGGGGACCCGAGCACCUGGGUGAAGAAUUCCACGGCACUCAUCAGUACCAUCCCGGGCACGUAUGUGGGUGUGGCCAAUCCAGUGCCUGCGUCCCUGCUGCUGAACAAAGACCCCAACUUGGGCCUCCCCCGAGAUCCCCGCCAUCUCCCCAAGCAGGAGCCCAUUUCCAUCAUUGACCAAGGAGAGCCGAAAAAUACGGGGGCACCCUGUGGCAAGAAGGGUGGCCAGGCGGGGCAGGCAGGGCCUGAGGGACAGGGACAGGCAAGCACAGUCAAACGUUACACCCCAACCCGCAUUGCUCCGGUGUUGCCGGGGUGCCAAACUAAGGAUCUCUCCCUGUGGAAGCCCACAGGGCCGACAAAUAUCUACCCACGGUGUUCAGUCAAUGGUAAAGCCACUAGCACCCAGGUCCUGCCUGUUGGCUGGCCCCCAUAUCAUCAAACUUCUCUGCUUUCCAUUGGCAUCUCCAGUACCGGGCAGCUGAAUCCCACCCAAGGGGCUCCUAUCAGGCCCACUGGUGGUGCCUCUGAGUUGUCAGGGGUAGCAGGUCUUGGGCCCAAUGAAACUGUCCACGGGCUGCCUGAAGGGCAACCACGACCCGGGGCCCCCUUUGCUCCAGAGCAGGACGCUGGCACGAAGAACAAAACUUGCAGGAUCACUGCCAAGCCUUACGAAGAACAAGUGAACCCUGUCCUCCUGACUCUCAGCCCUCAGACAGGGACAUUGGCGCUGGCUGUCCAGCCUAGCAGUGGGGAUAGGCUAGUGAACCCAGGACCCGAGGAACCCGACAGCAAUCUGAAAGUGGAAGGCACCCAGGGUGCCUGUGGCACAAAGCUGGCAGGAGACACAAAGCCUAAAAACCAAGUGCUGGCCACCUACAUGUCCCAUGAACUGGUUUUGGCCACCCCUCAGAACUUGCGCACCAUGCCCGAACUGCCUUUGCUACCUCACGAUGGCCACCCCAAGGAGCUCCUUUUGGACGUGGUUCCCAGCAGCAAGAGGGGUUCCAGCACAGAACUUCCCCAGCUGGGCGGCCAGGUGGACCUGGGACGGGUGAAAAUGGAGAAGGUGGAUGCGGACGUUGUCUUCAACGUCGCCACCUGCUGCCGGGCCGCUGGACUCCCAGCAGCUGCCCAACGGGGCCCCCCUGCAGUUCGGGGUAAACCUGGGCAGGCCCUAGUGAAGCAGGAGGGCGUCGGCACCUUUGCUUGCAAGAACAAGUGGCAUCCAGACUCAGCGGGGUCCGAGGGGGUGACUGAGUCUCUGCCGUCCAAGAAAAUGAAGUGUGAUAAAGAGAAGGACAGCAAAGAGCAGCCGCCACAGGCCAGAGUGACCAGCCGCAGUUCCCAUGGACCCAAGUGCCAGAAGUCUGCUAAUAACCCACAGGAACCUGCGAAGAAAAGCCCCAGGGUGGCGUCAGAGUCAGGAAAAGAGCACAAUGGAGGCAGGGUAAAGCACAAGCACCGCAAGCCAGCCAAGCCAGAGUCACAGUCUCCAGGAAAGCGAACUGCUGAUGGCCACGAAGAAGGUUCCUUGGAAAAGAAAGCAAAGAGCAGUUUCCGUGACUUCAUCCCCGUGGUUCUGAGCACCCGGACGCGCAGCCAGUCUGGCAGCGUCUGUAGCACCUUUACUGGUGUGACUGAGAGCGACAUGGGAAACCAGGACAUGUUCCCCACAGAAGAGGAUGAGGCGGUGACUCCCUCUGAGACUAAGCCCCGAAAGGUGAAAAAGGGCCAGCGGGACACCCAGUAUCGCAGUCACCAUGCUCAGGACAAGAGUCUUCUGAGCCAAGGCCGCAAACACCUUUGCCGAACCCGAGAGAUACCCUGGAAAACAGAGGCUGCCCGGCAGAUGUGGGACACCAAUGAGGAGGAGGAGGAGGCAGAGGAGGAGGAGGACGACGACGAAGAGGAUAGCCUGGUUAAGAGGAAGAAACGAAGACGACAGAAGAGCCGCAAGUAUCAGACUGGAGAGUACCUGACCGAGCAAGAAGAGCAGCGGAAGAAAGGGAAAACAGAGCCCAAGGUUCGGAAGCAGAAGCCUCUCCCCGAGACCUUGGCAGAACCCCGGCUCAGGACCAGAAGCCUUCCUCUGCCCAGCAAAACCCAGGAGGUCUUAGAUUUACCCAUUGUUGUUCUCCCCAAUAUUAACCUGGAAGAACCAGCUUGCCUUGAACAAUCAGAAAAGCCAUCAGGAAAACGAAAGUGUAAGACCAAGCAUGUAGUGACCUUCUCGGAAGAGGCAAAGGGCAAAGGGCGCUGGAAUCAGCAAAAGUCACACUCACCUAAGUCUACCACCUCAGCAAAAGCCACUGCUACUGCUGUCUCAGAAGAGAGUUUAGAAUCACCUAGCGCCCUUCAGAUGCCGCCAGAGGCUCGGCGACUCAUAGUGAACAAAAAUGCUGGUGAGACACUCCUGCAGCGGGCAGCGCGUCUGGGCUAUAAGGAUGUCGUCCUGUACUGCCUCCAGAAAGACAGCACUGACGUGAAUCACCGUGACAAUGCUGGCUACACGGCCCUGCAUGAGGCCAGCGCCAGGGGCUGGACCGAUAUCCUCAGCAUUCUGCUGGAGCAUGGAGCCAAUGUGAACUGCAGUGCUCAGGACGGCACAAGGCCUAUUCAUGAUGCAGCUGUCAAUGACAACCUGGAGAUUAUGUGGCUUUUGCUAUCAUAUGGGGCUGACCCCACUCUGGCUACCUACUCCGGACAAACAGCCAUGACGCUGGCGAGCAGCGACGCCAUGAAACGCUUUCUCAGUGAUCACCUCUCAGAUCUUCAGGGCCGGACAGAGGGUGAUCCUGGUGUAUCCUGGGACUUUUACAGCAGCUCCGUAUUAGAGGGAAAAGAGGGGUUCGCCUGUGACCUCCUCCAGAAUCCCCCUGAGAACUCGGACCUAGAAGGGGAUAACGGGGAAGACCCUGACUCUGACAAUUUCAUGUUCGAGCUCUCUGACAAGCCGCUUCUCCCUUGCUACAACCUCCAAGUGUCAGUGUCCCGGGGACCUUGCAACUGGUUUAUCUUUGCCGAUGUCCUGAAGAGAUUGAAGCUCUCCUCCAGGAUCUUCCAGGCUAGAUUCCCGCACUUUGAAAUCACCACCAUGCCCAAGUCCGAAUUCUGCCGGCAGGUGUCGGCCAGUCAGCUGCUGACACCUGAAGAGUGGCCCUGGGUGCAGGAUGACAUUGCCACCUGCUCCGAGGCUGUGGAGCUGGUGCUCUAUGAGCCGGGCCUGCUGCGGCUGCUGGGGUCUGAGGUGGAGUUCCAUUCUGCCAGCUGACGGAACCCAGCUCCUGUCUCCCCUCAGCACCGAGCACCAGACCACAGACUGAGGCAAUAAUUCGGACCAACAAGAAGCCGCCUUAUCAAUGCCAGCAUUAGCUAAUGACUGGAUUCUUGGGGGGAGGGGGGUUUCCAGUCGGUUUUCAUAUCCCCUUUAUUGUUCUGGUUGUUGUGGUUGGUGAUGGAGGUGGGGCCUGGGGGUUGGCCCCUUUCUGUUCCCCCGUGUUCUUCUGUCUUCCAUAGUAUUUAUUUUAUUAGUAUUUAAUUUGUAUUGUUUCAUUGGUUUCUGAGAAGUCUGUAUCACUGUGACAAUUUGAGACAACCUGUUGUAUGGUGGGGUUCUCGCCCCCUCCUUUCUUCUUUCUUGAUGCACCCUGGAGUUUGCUCCACCUGCAC